CAGCAGAGCACAGAGCAGUGGAGGCAGAGAGGAGAGCAGCGCAGGCAGAGAAAGAAGCUGCUGAGAAGGCACUGCAAAUAAGGAUGCUGGAGGCUAAGCUAACAGCAUUGCUGGGAGAUCCGUCCUCAAUCGAAGCCAACUCCUUCCACGGCCACAUGUCUUCAGCCUCACUCGGCAUCCGCCUUGCCCCGUCCCCUCUGCCUCUUCCACUGGUGACAGCGGCUCUCUUGCUGCCACCACUGCCACACACACUCCACCCGCCGCCACUGCUGCCUCUGUCCAUGGGGUGUCAAGGCGGAAGGACGAGGGAGCUUGGGAGAGUGUGGGCAGGAGGGAUUCAGUGGUGGUGGUGGGAAGUCAAGAUGGCGCUAGUGCUGUUGGCAAGGAGAUGGGUGGGAGCAGGGGGAGUGGGACAGAGGUGGAGAGCAGCGGGGGUGAGAGUGGGGGGGAGAGUCUCAAGGAACUGACAGCAGCACAGGUUGCAGAUGUCGAGGAGAUUCGGCAGAUUGUUAAUCGUGUUCAGGGGCAAAAUCGAUUUACACAUUUACUCCUUACGGUCGUCUUUGCUGCAUCGGUUCCUCGGGUUGUUGACAUGGUCAAGAACCUUCUGAGCAGUAAACAAAGGCCACGAUACACACGGAUCACACAUCGGGCAGCCCGGUCUGAAACAUUCGGGGAACGAUGACCACUUCAGAAAACGUGACAUUGGUUGUUGAUUCCAACCAUCAAGAUAACCAACCGCCAUACGAUGGGUAGCCAAUCAUCAAGUGCGAGUGUACUAUUAUUAAUUCAUAACCUAGGUGCACAUGGGAUUUGCAAGCUUAAUACAGACUUACUAGCUGUAUAGAAUGACGUUCUGUUAUGCAUACGUAGGGUAUGCACGUAUGGCAAAAGGGAAUAUUUCGCAUCGGCUACAUAUAAAACAUAUGAGGGUGU